CCUGAGAACGGUCCAUAGCGGUCAUUUAAUUGCACCCGCACAGCAGUUACGGUUUAUCACUCAACCCUCUGGAAUCGCCUCACGUGUCCCCAGUGAGACUCGAGGGCGCUGCCAGAGCCUGGCCUCUCGGUAGCUGGAAGCACAUCCUGCUGGGGGCAGCUCGGGCGCAGGGUACACGUUCGCGCACAUGCGCGCGCGCACAUGAACACGCGCAAGAGCCUAACCAAGCCCGGCUUCCAUUUCAAAAAGGGGGAGCUAGCCUCUACUGCGGUAUGGAAGAGAUGUAAGAAUUAGGGAUCCAAGAAGCAUCCAGCGGUGCAACGCUGCAUUUCAGAGCCCUGAGGUGCGCACCGAUAUCCGUGCCGGUUUAGCGGUUCUACGACCCAAAGAGUCCAGGGAGAUCCACCGAGUGGUGCCUGGCGUGUAGGACCAUGCAACCGCCCUGUGGCUCGGAGCCGCGGCCCGCGAUGUCCCAGCCACAGUGAACCGUUUGGCCCGCGCGAACCUGCUCAGCCCAGACAGGCUCAGCCUCUGGUACGCUGCUCCACUCUACGGGAGGCCACUGGCACAGAACAGCAAGAGGGAGCAGGGAAGGCCUCCCCCCUCCGGCGGGGGACGCCAGGCUCAGCGUAGGGACACGCACUCCGACUGACUGGCACUGGCGGCGAGGGAUGUCGCCCUGGCCGAGGUGGCAUGGACCCGCCAUGGCGCGGCUCUGGGGCUUCUGUUGGCUGGUUAUGGGCUUCUGGAGGCCCUCUCUCGCCUGCCCCAUGUCCUGCAAAUGCAGUGCCUCUAGGAUUUGGUGUACAGAGCCUUCUCCUGGCAUCGUGGCAUUUCCAAGGUUGGAACCUAACAGUGUCGAUCCGGAGAACAUCACCGAAAUUUUCAUUGCAAAUCAGAAAAGGUUAGAAAUCAUCAAUGAAGAUGAUGUUGAAGCUUAUGUGGGACUGAAAAACCUGACAAUUGUGGAUUCCGGAUUAAAAUUUGUGGCUUACAAAGCAUUUCUGAAAAACAGCAACCUGCAGCACAUUAAUUUCACACGAAACAAGCUGACGAGUUUGUCUAGGAAGCAUUUCCGCCACCUUGACUUGUCUGAGCUGAUCCUGGUGGGCAAUCCAUUCACAUGUUCCUGUGACAUUAUGUGGAUCAAGACUCUCCAAGAGACUAAAUCCAGCCCAGACACUCAGGAUUUGUACUGCCUCAAUGAAAGCAGCAAGAACACCCCCCUGGCAAACCUGCAGAUACCCAAUUGUGGUCUGCCAUCUGCACGUCUGGCUGCCCCUAACCUCACCGUGGAGGAAGGAAACUCGGUCACACUUUCCUGCAGUGUGGCGGGUGACCCACUCCCCACGCUGUACUGGGAUGUUGGGAAUUUGGUUUCCAAACACAUGAAUGAAACAAGCCACACGCAGGGCUCCUUAAGGAUAACGAACAUUUCAUCUGAUGACAGUGGGAAGCAAAUCUCUUGUGUGGCAGAAAACCUCGUAGGAGAAGAUCAAGAUGCUGUGAACCUCACUGUGCAUUUUGCACCAACUAUCACAUUUCUCGAAUCUCCAACCUCAGACCACCACUGGUGCAUCCCAUUCACUGUGAGAGGCAACCCCAAGCCAGCACUUCAGUGGUUCUACAAUGGGGCAAUACUGAAUGAAUCCAAAUACAUCUGUACUAAAAUUCAUGUUACCAAUCACACGGAGUACCACGGCUGCCUCCAGCUAGAUAAUCCCACUCAUAUGAAUAAUGGAGACUACACUCUAAUGGCCAAGAACGAGUAUGGAAAGGAUGAGAGACAGAUCUCUGCUCACUUCAUGGGCCGACCUGGAAUCGAUUAUGAGACAAACCCAAAUUAUCCUGAAGAUCUCUAUGAAGACUGGACUGCAGCAACUGACAUCGGGGAUACCACAAACAAGAGCAAUGAAAUCCCUUCCACAGAUGUUGCUGGUGAAACCAAUCCGGAGCAUCUCUCGGUCUAUGCCGUGGUGGUGAUUGCGUCUGUGGUGGGAUUCUGUCUGCUGGUGAUGCUGCUUCUGCUCAAGUUGGCAAGGCAUUCCAAGUUUGGUAUGAAAGGCCCGGCUUCUGUCAUCAGCAAUGACGAUGACUCGGCCAGCCCCCUCCACCACAUCUCCAAUGGGAGUAAUACUCCAUCCUCUUCAGAGGGCGGUCCUGAUGCUGUCAUUAUUGGAAUGACCAAGAUUCCUGUUAUUGAAAACCCCCAGUACUUUGGCAUCACCAACAGCCAGCUCAAGCCAGACACAUUUGUUCAGCACAUCAAGAGACACAACAUCGUUCUGAAGAGGGAGCUUGGUGAAGGAGCCUUCGGAAAAGUCUUCCUAGCAGAAUGCUAUAACCUCUGUCCUGAGCAGGAUAAGAUCUUGGUAGCUGUAAAGACGCUGAAGGAUGCCAGUGACAAUGCCCGCAAGGACUUUCAUCGUGAAGCCGAGCUGCUGACCAACCUUCAGCAUGAGCACAUUGUCAAGUUCUAUGGUGUCUGUGUGGAGGGCGACCCACUCAUCAUGGUCUUUGAGUACAUGAAGCAUGGAGACCUCAACAAGUUCCUUAGGGCACACGGGCCGGAUGCGGUGCUGAUGGCGGAGGGCAACCCACCCACCGAGCUGACCCAAUCUCAGAUGCUGCACAUCGCUCAGCAAAUUGCAGCAGGCAUGGUCUACCUGGCAUCCCAACACUUUGUGCACCGUGACCUGGCCACCCGGAACUGCCUGGUGGGGGAGAACCUGCUGGUGAAAAUUGGGGACUUCGGCAUGUCCCGGGACGUGUACAGCACCGACUACUAUAGGGUUGGUGGCCACACGAUGCUGCCCAUCCGCUGGAUGCCUCCAGAGAGCAUCAUGUACAGGAAAUUUACUACUGAGAGUGACGUCUGGAGCCUGGGGGUCGUGUUGUGGGAGAUCUUCACCUAUGGCAAGCAGCCCUGGUAUCAGCUAUCAAACAACGAGGUGAUAGAAUGCAUCACCCAGGGCCGAGUCCUGCAGCGGCCUCGCACGUGCCCCCAGGAGGUGUAUGAGCUGAUGCUGGGAUGCUGGCAGCGGGAGCCACACAUGAGAAAGAACAUCAAGAGCAUCCACACCCUCCUUCAGAACUUGGCCAAGGCAUCUCCUGUCUACCUGGAUAUCCUGGGCUAGGGCCCUCUCCCCAGAUCCACCCUCCCGAUCCACUCCUCAGAAUGGCCGGCACGAUGAACCUCUUAACUGCCGCUGGGUGUCCUGACCUUGCUGUCUGUCCUUCUGACAGUACUAACAAGACAAGGAGCGGCUCUUGAGGGAAGCAGUGUGUACUUCUCCAUCCACAGACAGUGUUAACUCGCUUCUGGCGUUGUCUCCUUCUCUCUGCCCAUCCCCUUUGGUUUCUUUCUUUCUUUUGACCUUUCACCUUUUAUUUUUGUUCUUCCCUGCUUCAUGGUCCUCGGCCUCUCUCCUUGAUCAAUCUGGCUUCUGUAUUCCUAUUAACUGUACAUAGACAAAGGCCUUAAAAAACCUAAUUUGUUAUAUCAGCAGACACUCCAGUUUGCCCACCACAACUAGCAAUGCCUUGUUGUAUUCCUGCCUUUGAUGUGGAUGAAAAAAGGGAAAUCAAACAUCUGACUUAAACCGCCACUUCCGAUGUACAGACAUGGGGCAUUUCUAUGGAUUCACUUCUAUUUAUUUGUUUAUUUAUUUAUUUAUUUAUUUAUUUAUUUAUUUAUUUAUUAUUGUUACUCUUCUGAUUGUUUUCUGAUGGCUUUAGAUUGUGUAUGAAAAGGAAAAGUUGUAUACAAUCUAUGAAAAUUUUGUCUGUGGGAGAUGAAAACCAGAGAGAGAGAAGUGUUUCUCUAAACUACAUGAUCGGAACUAAGACAACCAGUGGGGUCAUCUGGGGUCAGUCCCUGCUUAGGAAAACCCAGCAGCUGUUAGCGGUGAGGACCAUAUUCAGCACCGUUCCCUGAGGACCUUUCUGAGGAGGAAAGAGGAUGUUGAACUCUGCAUCAUGGACAGAGUUUCCAGUCACAGAUACUGGCCUGCAAAGGAAAGAAAAGAUGGCUUCCAUGGACCCAGAUGACACAUCACAUAUUGAGACCGUGCAUUGUGGUUGGGCAUGAUGGUAGAGUUGAUGUGUUCCUCAAGGGUUAUCUACCAAGCUUUUGUCAAGUUCAGUGGAAAAGAGGUAGAGUCUCACUCAGAUACUGUUUCAGGGUCAGAUGGGAAAAUCUGAGUCCUUGAUAAGACAGGAGACACUCUUGAUUCUGAGGAAAGUUUCUCUUACCUUGAAUUUUUCAGACAGCAAUUCCCUCCAGUCCCACCCUCCACUCUCACCUGUCUUAAAACUGUUCAGAAAACUGUGCAUGGUCUUUGUCAAUACCUAUGUGCAGAAACUACUGCUCCAGCUGUGGUGGCCUAGGUAGGGCAGAUCCAUAAAAGGUCUAACUUAUACAGCUUAGGGAAGGUAACCAGAUCAGCAACCAAGAACACUCUACAGUUGGUGGUGAUGAGCUUACCUAAUAGGCAUGCUGAUACCUGGUGUCUUCAUCUGCCUCAGACCCACAGGAGUGUGGGACAGGCAGAAUCCAUCCCAGAGGGAAAGGAAAGCUCUCUUGGGGGCAGCACCUGAGUUCACAUUCAGUGUGUGCAGGUCAAGACUCUUGCUCUGGGCUCUGUUUGGAAGAGUGUGGUUUCAUUCCUAUGUACUCAUUGUCAGUAUGCUGUUUUGUUAUCUAUACUCCAUUAAAAAAAGUGAAAGAAGAAGGAGAAGAAGAAGAAGGAGAAGAAGAAGAAAGAAGAAGAAGAAAGAAAGAAAGAAAGAAAGAAAGAAAGAAAGAAAGAAAGAAAGAAAGAAAGAAAGAAAGAAAGAAAAAUUAAAAAUUGACACUGUAUGGCUAAUGGGAGGCUAUGUCCAGACUGAGCCUGGAGAUAUGCUUCUGAGUAUGAUCAUUGGUUUUACUAAAAGAGUGUAAAUUUAAAUAGAAAUUUACAGUCAUUAGGGUAGUCAGUUAAACCAAGAGAGAACAGCGUUUCCGUUUCUCUGUCCCCCUCUGUGAGGGGAAGUUCGAUAAACUUGACAUCUUUAUAACAUGAGUCAGAUUGGAAAGGAGUGACUUCAUUCAUCUUAGCGCAUUUUAUUUGGUAUUUAUUUCUGAAGGUGCAAGAGCUCUGGGUAGGUUUCAUCUGUGCCCAUUAAUUUCUGGAGCACUGUGUUUUCUAGUAUAGACUUUGAAAGCAAGUUCUCACAACAAAAAAUAAAAAUUAAAAAUUAAAAAACUCAGUGUAAAUUAACAGAGAACAGAAGGUGAUCCAGGGGACCCGCUCAAGGAAGGGGUCACAUAAGGCAGAUGCUGUGGUUCUUUCUGUAGCACUGGCCCAUGGGAGAUGGGAGUUACUUGUCCUCUUUGUCCAUUAAACAAACCCUCCAGAAUACCUAUAAUAAUAUAAUGAAAGCCAUAUCUCUGUGAUAUAUACAGACAGGUAUAUAUCAUAUAAAGGACCCGUGGUACUGUCAAAACACUGUGGAACUGUGAAGCGGUAAAACAAGGGCAGAUUUGCGUGUGCAUGCUGUUCUAGAUUCCAUCAGCGAUGACCGAAGAACUGGCACAGGUCUGUCGCUCUGAGUCUGACCAGUUGCCCUGGGAGAAAAAGCCGCAAGCUGCUCAGCAGAGAAGAGAGGAGAUGGCACUGUAAGGGGUCAGGGUUAGGGAAGCCAUGCAGGUUCACAUCGAAGGUCUGUAACGAGAGUGUGAGAGCAUGAAAGCACUCUAUUCCAGUUUUGUAUUUUCCUUGGCAGGAAAAAAAAGCAAAAGAGAGAGAUUCCUUACACUUUUUGACAAGUCUCUGAAGGUCUUAAAAUGAAAGUGUCUAUGCAAGUGCAAAAUAUUGUAGUUAUUUAUACUGAUCAUUAUUAUUAUUAAUUAUUAUUAUUGGUCCCUCUAUUGUCUCAAGAAUAUGUACCAGUUUCAGAGCAUUGCAGAACAUCUGAUUGCUUUUUAAGUAGUUGGAUGAGCCAAGAACAUCUUAAAAUAGUUGUCAUUAUUCAUCUACUAUCCCCUUUCUUGUGGUAUUUUAAUUUUUAGAAAAGAAACACUCUUGUUCUAAAAUGUAUCCCUCUCCAAACAGGACAAACAUGGUGGUAGGAAACCAAAUUCUCCACCCCGAACCGCGAUGACAUCCACUCCAUUUCUAAACUGCUUGAUGGUUUCUGAGCACUUUUUGCAUGUGUUGCCAAAUUAUUCAUAUUUUUCAUGAAGGAAUUGGGAUUCAGAAGCUCACAGGCCAUGGGCUUCACCCAAGUCUGCUCACUAGACAUGUAACAUACAAACAAGACAUUCAGGAAGGAAACCAUGCCAGCAUGUCUGUGAAGCAGGAGGGGGGUUAGGACAAAAGGAAACAUGCACAGUACAUGCAGAUGACAUGUUAUAUCAUGUGCUUCUGCUCCUGGCUUCUGCUAACUCCCAUACAUUGAACCAAUGUCACAAUCAGCCUCAUCUAGAAAACGCUUCGAACACUGCUGUCAAGGGUUCUAUCAGAAUUCAUGCGCACAUGCUCACAUCAGCUCCACUUGUGGUGUUUUCAUGUACUUAUAUAUAUAUAUAUAAAAUAUAUGUUAUAAGCACUUGAUUUAUACAUAUACAAAUGCACAUGUGUAGUGUGUUUGUGUGUUUAUGUAUAAACAUAUAGGCACAUGGUAAUAGAAUAAUUAUAAGUAGGGUGCAAUAUGAAUAAUUUGCUUAAAAUUUGCUAAAUAACCAAAACUUUCUGAUGUCACGUGGCGUUGGUGUUUCCACUCUCCACGUGGGUAAGGACUACACCACUUUCAACUCCGUGCAGUCCUUGGAUGAAAGCUUUGUUGAAAGCCACAUAUUCCCUGAAACAACCGACUGAAAGCCAUCCUCUACAUUGAAUAUGUUCUCUGGCUCUUUGCAAAGGAAAAGUGCAGACAAAUGGUCUCCUUAUGUACAAGUCCAGGAAGGAGAAGUGAGUUCUCCCCUUUUGCACAUUUGCACUGUGCUCACCUUUCCCACUCUAACCCCAUUCUAGAUGCAAACUACAGUGUUGUUGGGAGACCUGUGUCUUGAAAGCCGAUGGCAAAACAUCCAAAACUCCACAGCAAGAUGGGCAGCUUGUAGUCAUCCACAUGGAGAGCAAGAGUCACAGUGUGGAGUGCUGUCUUUCCCAAGGCCUGGACAGUGGGGUCCCUGGUCAAGGGCAGAGUUUUUUUAAACCUCUCCUUUUGCAAAUAGGACUGCCAGCAAUACCUGGCAUUAAGUCAUUUCUAAUUUCUAAAACGGCAGCACAGAUACAUGCACCCUCAUUGCUCUGCUUCCACAUCCCUUAUCCCCUGUUAGAGGGCUUCUACUUCCAAACUUGACCUUCUGUUUGGCCCUGUAUCAUGGAUAUAGGAAAUCUCAUGAGAGGAAUGGCUAAUGGCUAAUCCCCAGAUGUCCAAGUUUUCAGUCUAAGCCAAUUCUUCACAAUGUAUAACUGGAACGUAGAGACUCAGGUUGUGAUAGCUCGGACAUGAAUUUCAAAUGCUAUUGUAAAGAACUGGGGUGGGAGGGGUUUGUAGUUAAAACAACAGUAGUGUAGAAGACAUAUUUUCUUGUUGUCAGGGCUGGAAUCAAUCACUGCUGCUGAAAUCAAAGGUUCUUGACUAUUCUUAGCUGUGGCAACCUUCUCUUCUUUCCCUUCAACUUGAUUUAUUUAUGUUUUUAUUUAUUUAUUAACUUUUGGUCCAUUCAUCAUAAACAUGAAGCAAAAAAAAAUACAUACAUGUAAAUGUGUUGCAAGCAAAACACUGUGAAUCUCACAACCACCUCCAAGCAACUAUGCUGCCAUGCUGAUGUGCGUCUCAGGAGAAGAGAUGGGAAAAGCUGGGGACGUCAUUUUGCAGCCUAUGCAUCCUGGGCCAGGUCCACGUUUAUUUUAUUUCUUUGGUCUGUAAGUUAAGAAAAGUGAUCCUGAGUGGAGGCCGACUGAACGUUCAAUGAGCUAGGCAAAGUAUCAUAAGCCGCUUGUAGCUAUAUGUUUGAGCAGGAAGGAAAAACAUGGAAGAUGGAGAAAGGAAACUUGAUGUAGGGGCUCUAUCUUACAGCUUGUAUAGCUCACUGUUGCUUAAAAAGUAUACAACAGCUGGAAAUAUUUUCAAUACAAGGUAUUUGAAUUAAACGUGAAUUUUAAAUAUGUACUCCCUUAAGGAAUGAACAUUAUGGCGAAAUAUCUCUCCCUGCAUCCCUCACAAAUCUGCCUAGAGGUGUGGAUACCUACAUUUGCUUACACACCAGACAGAUGUUUGUAUAUACAGGCCAUACACACACUCAUUUCAACAUCUCUCUGCAGACAGACUGCCCCUUCAACAGUGACCUGGUUAUUUAGAACUCUAUCUUUUGGUCGGUUUAUUUCCCUUUUAAUGUGACGUCUCUGUGCCGAUCUUUACCGGCCCGUAUUUGUUUUUGCAAUCUGUUUUGAGGUCCAGUGCUUCACUGAGACUCACUGCAUCUUGGCUGAUUUCAAAGUGACACCUGAAUACAGUGUUUAAAAAAAAAGUUUGUUUGUAAAUCAUGUGACCAGCUUCUCUCAACCUGACAUGGAAUGUCUCUUGUACUACAGUGUAUUUAAUAAAAAAACGAUGUCUUACAAUAAAUAACAUCCUCCACGAGA